AUGAAGGCCCUCGUGGUGGUGCAGUGUUUUCCGCCUCUCCUAAAAAAUGCAGGUGGGGUAUCCAAGCGAUAUUUUACGCUUUGCCGUGCGCUUAUAGACGGCCUGGGCUGGAACGUGACCCUCAUGACGCCCGUGGACUGCACCAGGAGCAGCGAAAAGGACAUUCAACGAUGGCUAAAAGAAGGCAAGCUGGUUCAUCUCCCGGCUCGUGGGGUCCGAAUCCGCUCUUCCACAGAUGGCGUGGCUGUCUUCUUGGAUCUCUUCUCCUAUGCAAAUGCUGCAGCGCUUCUCAGGGAGACAAUGAUUCGCGGAGGCUACGACUGCCUGUUCCUGGAUGAUGUCCCCUGGCGGUUGGAAUUGCUCCUGCUGACGCGCGCUCUGGGUAUUCCGACCGUAGUUUCGUCCCACACAGACAUCACGCACAUGAAGGCUUACAAGGGUGUGGUGAAGCUUGUGUGGAAGAUUCACAUGCUCAGCACAAGGCUUGCAAGCGUGCAUGCGACCGUGUCCCGAGUUUUCGGAGCCCAAAUGGCCAAAACGUACGGCAUCCCCAUCAGCGCCAUUUGGCCACCCAUCCUUUGGUCUGAGGAGUUCAAAGCGGAACCGCGAGAGUGGGCUGACAAGGCACAGGCUCUGCGAAGCGAGUGGUUGGCGAAACUUCGUGCGCAAGGAUGUUCUGAGCCUCGAGCAAUCCUUCUGUCUGCUGGCAGAUGGUCCGCUGAGAAGCGAAUCCAUUUGUUGUGGGAGGCGUUGCCAAAGGAUUGCGCGUUGGUGAUUGUUGGGGAUGGAACCUCUGGCUACUGCCAGACAGUGAUGGACGCCCCAACAUCAGGUCGACCCAACGUACUCCCACUCAGAAAGAUGCUCAAUGGCAAAGAGCUGCGCGCUGCAUAUGCUGCAAGCGACCUCUUCGUGUCAGCCUCGAAUUUUGAGACGUUGGGCAAUACUGUGAUUGAGGCGCUCUGCUCGGGAACGCCCUGUGCUCUGCAGCCGGCCCAGGGCCACCUGGAGUUUGUGCGAGACGGAGAAAACUCAUGGCUGGUAGACUUUGAUGAUGCCGAUGCAGCGCGUGCCAAGCUGCAGGGCAUCGUAAACCGCGGCUUGGACGCUGAAUCCCUGGACAAGGCUCUUCCUAGCUUUGCGACGAUGGGCCACAAGUUUCGGACGAGCAACUUCGCUCGAGACUUUAAUGAAUCUGUACUGCAAAAGGCGCUGGCUGAAGGAAAUCCGCCCCGCAGUGCGAUCGGCUGGAUUCUGGAGAUGUGCAAGAGAAGCCUCGCCUUUGUGUCGUGUAUCGUCCUUUUCUUUGUCCUGCGAGCAUUCACGAGGAUUGCCUUCAUUACCUCAGCCGACCCCCAGCUGGAGGUGCUGGGGCAGCUGGGCGGAGCAGUCGAUGAUGGCCGAGGUAAGUCUGUGUGGACAUUUCCAUGCAUGAGGAUUCUCGCUUGUGAAGCUCGUGACCCUGCGGCGAACAUAGCAGACGAGGGCACGGACUACGAGUCUCAUUUCAGGGCAGCACGGCGGCGGCCCGCGGAGGCACUUGAGGUGUUUGAAUCCGGAGUUGGAGGCUCCCUGCCAAGCGUUGGCAGCUCGCAGCCUCCGGAGGCCAAGCGCCAAAAAAGCGAGUGA